AUGAUUUUGCGGAAGUCGCGAAGGGGUAUGAGAGGUGGGGUGUCAGUGGCGUGGCUGGGCACCCAGUCAGGGACCACCACCACUGGGACCACCACCACCGGCACCACCACCCCUCCCAGCACCAACCCUCCCAGUACCAUUGGAAGCACCGCCGGUAGCACCACCCCCACUGGCAGCACCACUGGCACCACCACCCCUGGCAGCACCACUGAUCCUGCCUGUGAGGCGUUGGGCUGUGAGCCUGGUGGCAAAUGCGAGGUGGAUCAAAACGGAGAGCGCUACUGCAAGUGGGCCUCAACCCCCCACAAGGAAUUGCACUCACAUACCACACUGCACCCAUCCCCAUCCCACCCCAGAGACUCACCCUGUGGCACGUGUCCCUCUGGAGCCACCUGCAAGACCGUGCCUGGGACGGAUUUCCCUCAGCUGCAGGUGCCUUACUGCGAGUGCCCUCAAGGCUUUGGAAUGACCGCCACUGAAUGUGUUGCGGGCUUUGGGAUGAUCGCCACUGAAUGUGUUGCGGGUGAGAUUCUGCACCCUCCUCACUCCCUCCACUCUCUCCUCUCCUCACUCCCCCACUCUCUCAUCUCCCUACUCGCCCCACUCUCUUAUCUCCCCACUCUCUCUCCAUCCCCCCUGCUUCACCUCUCCUCACUCUCAAACGUUGGCUGA